AACGUGAACGUUGCACGUAAGAGCGUUUCACUAAGAGUUACGACUUGCGAUUUACGACUAAACUUAAUCGUAACUCUACGAGUGGUCAGGGGCACUCGUUAAUUAACUUGCGAGCACGUAAAUAAACAAAAAUGGCGUCUUUUCUCCUGCUAGCAGACGAUGCGAAAGGAAAUUUUCGACGAGAGAGGGUUUUCCGGGAUCGGACAAACCCCCUCGAUUUUCUCAACGACCAGGAAGUGAUAGAAAGGUAUCGCUUACCUCGAGUUUUCAUAUAUAGACUUAUUGACAUGGUAGAAGCCGACGUGCAGAGAUCUACAGGGCGAAGCCAUGCCUUGUCAACAUCCACACAGGUACUUGUUACAAUAAGAUACUUAUCAAAGGCAGCAUUUUUCUCGGAAUGUGGAGAUCUUCAUGGGGUGUCUCGGUCUAGUGUGUCAAGAGCCAUUGACAGUGUAACCAGAAGUAUCUGUAAUCGGCUUAACAACAUCCACUUUCCAUCGGGUAUGUUAACGUUUCAAUUAGUUCUUGCAGUCCCAUUUACAAAUCAUACUUAAAUUUGAU